AGAGAGAAAAAGAAACAAAAAAGAAAGGUAGAAGAUGAAGUUGCAGGAGGGUGUGUUCUUGGUGGCUAUUUUCUUCUUCCUUGGAUACACGCAGCUGGUGAAGGGGCAACAUCAACCUCGCCCCGAUUGCCAAACUAGAUGUGGCAACCUCAAAAUAGAGUACCCUUUUGGCAUUUCUCCAGGCUGUUACUAUGACGAAUAUGAUAGUUUCAAUGUCACUUGCGACAACGAGAAAGAGAAGCUCUUCAUAGGCAUCAACGUUGAAGUGGUGAACUUUAAUCACAGCGCCGCCCAGCUAAGUGUUCUGUUUAACCGAUCCUCUGAUUGUGACGACGAGAAGAGAAAUGAGACUAAUGAAACUUCCAUCUGGUAUCGGCUAGGUAGUAGUUCCUCUCUCUCCCCCAAGAACAAGUUUACUUUAGUAGGCUGUAACGCUUUAGCACUUCUGAGCACUUUUGGGAAGCAAAACUACUCAACUGGAUGCUUGUCAUUAUGCGAUUCUCAACCGGAGGCAAAUGGAGAAUGUAAUGGUGUUGGUUGCUGCAGAACAGAGGACUUCUCUGUCCCGUCGGAUAGCUAUCAAUUCCAAUAUGGCUCAGCUCGCUUGGGGAACCAAACUAUUAAAUCCGUAGAUCUAUUUAAUACUUCGGUAUAUCAGUUUAAUCCUUGCACCUACGCUUUUCUCGUUGAAGAUGGUAAGUUUAACUUCAAUUCUUCACAAGAUCUUAGGAAUCUGCGGAAUGUCACAAGGUUCCCUGUGGCACUGGAUUGGUCUAUUGGAAACAAGACAUGCGAGCAAGUUGGAAGCACAAACAUAUGCGGUGGGAACACAAAAUGUUUUGAUUCUACUCGGGGAAAGGGUUAUAUCUGCAAAUGUAAAGAUGGUUUUGAUGGGAAUCCAUACCUUUUAGACGGUUGCCAAGACAUCAAUGAGUGUACUACUGGUAGACAUAACUGUUCGAAUCCUAGCACCUGUGAAAACACGCUUGGAAGCUUCCUUUGUAAGUGCCCAUCUGGCCGUGAGUUAAAUACAACUACUAUGAGCAGCUGCACUGACACACCUAAAGAAGAAGAGCCUAAGUACUUAGGAUUGACUAUUGUUCUUCUUGGCUGUUACUAUGACGAAUAUGAUAGUUUCAAUGUCACUUGCGACGACGAGAAAGAGAAGCUCUUCAUAGGCAUCAACGUUGAAGUGGUGAACUUUAAUCACAGUGCCGCCAAGCUAAGUGUUCUGUUUAACCGAUCCUCUGAUUGCGACGACGAGCAGAGAAAUGAGACUAAUGAAACUUCCAUCUGGUAUCGGCUAGGUAGUAGUUUCUCUCUCUCCCCCAGAAACAAGUUUACUUUAGUAGGCUGUAACGCUUUAGCACUUCUAAGCACUUUUGGGAAGCAAAACUACUCAACUGGAUGCUUGUCAUUAUGCGAUUCUCAACCGGAGGCAAAUGGAGAAUGUAAUGGUGUUGGUUGCUGCAGAACAGAGGACUUCUCUGUCCCGUCGGAUAGCUAUCAAUUCCAAUAUGGCUCAGCUCGCUUGGGGAACCAAACUAUUAAAUCCGUAGAUCUAUUUAAUACUUCGGUAUAUCAGUUUAAUCCUUGCACCUACGCUUUUCUCGUUGAAGAUGGUAAGUUUAACUUCAAUUCUUCACAAGAUCUUAAGAAUCUGCGAAAUGUCACGAGGUUCCCUGUGGCACUGGAUUGGGCUAUUGGAAACAAGACAUGCGAGCAAGCUGGAAGCACAAGCAUAUGCGGUGGGAACACAAAAUGUUUUGAUUCUACUCGUGGAAAGGGUUAUAUCUGCAAAUGUAAAGAUGGUUACAAUGGGAAUCCAUACCUUUUAGACGGUUGCCAAGACAUCAAUGAGUGUACAACUCGUAGACAUAACUGUUCGGAUCCUAGCACCUGUGAAAACACGCUUGGAAGCUUCCUUUGUAAGUGCCCAUCUGGUCGUGACUUAAAUACCACUACUAUGAGCAGCUGCACUGACACACCUAAAGAAGAAGAGCCUAAGUACUUAGGAUGGACUAUUGUUCUUCUUGGUAAGCUCUCUUCACUCGUUUUUGAUUCAUUUGUUUCCAGAAAGACUUGGGCUUUAUGAUCUUUGUUUGUCUGACAUGUGAUCAGGAACC